UUUCAAAUAAUUUUUGAUGAGUAGAUUGAAUUUAAUUCAAUAUUACUUUUAGCCACACAGAGUUGGCAAACCGAACGAGACACCCAAUUAAAAUGAGUUUUGCCAUGACGCGUAAAUUUCUUCUGCUGCCCUUCAAGCGAGCCUGUGAUGCUGCGCUGCCAACAACUGUGGCAUCCACACCCAAGGCGACAGCAGCAACAAUGAUGCAAAUUGGAGCCGGUGGACAGUUGCAACAAAUACGUCAUCAUGGCCCAAUUGCCGGGCCACCACGAUUCCCCCUAUCAACUGGACAGCGUCUCAUCAUGGGUUGGGGCUCUAUAUUGGCAAUGAUGAUCAUACCAUUUUGGGCACUAUCCCAAAUGCCACGCUGGUCCAAGCUGCACAACGGCAUCGAUCCGGAUGCGGAGGAGAGGGAGCGACAGGAGCUAUUGGAGCAGCAGCGUAUGGCUGAACAGGAGAUGGCAGAGGAGCAACAGAAAUAACAAGUAAAAGUAUUUCAAAACACAAAAAAAAAAAACAAAACCAAAGUUUAAACGGUGACUUCAAGUUAUAAGAUUCUUUUACUGGAUUUCAACACGUACACAACAAAUUUACACCUACACACACACACACACCAACAAACUUGAUUUUAAGUUUAUCAUCAGCAACAGCGUGGAAAUUGUUUCGCAAUGUGUUUCAUUGAAUUAAAAGCUACUAAAUGAACAUUAAAAAAAGUACUUUUAAA